AUGUUUGGUAAUAAAUUUUUCAAAUCGGUUUCAUCACUUCUUUCUAAUUAUUCAAAUAACUUCAAUAGUCAUCACCUAACAAAAUUCAGUUUACCUCCGGCUAUUAAUUGUAGCUCUUAUUCAGCAGCAUUUUCACGCAAAUGUGAAUCUCCUUUUGUAAAAUUCAAUCAUUUCACUAAUUUCACACGCACAUAUGCUACGAGUGUACCUGGACAAUUCAAAACCUAUAAACCUCGUACACCUGGUCUAAGGUGGCUUAAACGGCCUGUUAAUGAUCAUUUGUGGAAAGGUAGACCAGUACGAGAACUCACUGUUGCCAAACGUGCAACUGGUGGGCGUAAUCACCAUGGACGCAUCACCGUGCGUCAUCGUGGUGGAGGUCACAAACGUCGUAUUCGCAUUGUAGAUUUCUAUCGUUGGAGUAGAGAUCCGCAUGUAGUUGAACGCAUAGAAUAUGAUCCGAAUCGUUCCGCUCAUCUUGCAUUACUCACAAAUGCGUUAACAGGAAAACAAAGUUAUAUUAUUGCACCUCAUGACUUUCCUCCUGGUACCAUUGUUCAGUCAUUUCGUAAAGUCGCCCAAACAAGUGGCGAUAUUACUCAUGUCGUAUCUGUAGAGAAAGGCAACUGUAUGCCAUUGAAAAUGAUACCAGUUGGUACAUUUAUUCAUUGUAUAGGUUUGAAACCUAACGGACCUGGAAUAUUGGUUCGUUCGGCUGGAUGUUCAGCUCAACUAGUUCGUACAGGUGAGAAGGGAUAUGCACAAGUACGUCUUAGUUCUACUGAGGUUCGUUUGAUUCAUGUGGAUUGUUGUGCAACAAUUGGUACAAUUUCAAAUCCGGAUCAUCAACAUAGUACUUUAGGCAAAGCCGGAAGGUCAAGAUGGUUAGGCAUUAGACCAACCGUAAGAGGUGUUGCAAUGAAUGCUUGUGAUCAUCCUCAUGGAGGAGGUAGAGGAAAGAGUAAAGGUAAUAGGCAUCCUUGUAGUCCAACUGGUGUUUUGGCCAAAGGAGGAAAGACCAGAAAAAGGCCAAAUAGAUUUGUUGUUAAACCAAGACCAAGACGAUGA